CUUAGAUCAAUAUGAGAAAAUAUGAUUUUUACAAAUAUAUUUAUACUUAUUAAAUAACAAAUGCAAACGUAAAAACGUAUAAAAGACAUUAAAACUUACUGCAUUAGUAUAUCGUGGUGGUCGUCUUCUUUUGAUUUCGUAUAUGUAUUAGCCCAUUUCGUAGCUCAUCGGACAAUUUCUCAACCCGUUAUACGUAUACGACACCGUUUUACAGUAAAGAUUAAAAGUUAACAUGUCAUUAGGACGCUCUUUGAACAUAGUGUAGUUGAACCAAUCAAAUACCUAGAAACCACGUCAAUGAACAACGUGUCAUCAUCUUAUUUGCUUAAAAUACCUCACUUUUCUAUUUAUAUAAACAUCACGACGGCUCAGUCGGCGAACUCCGUCUAACGCACUGCAAACACACAGUCGCCAAAAUGAAGUUACUAUCGGCUGCAGUUCUAUGCUCUCUGCUUCUCAUAGGAGCCCUAGCUCUCACUGAGGCUAAGAAAUCAAACAAAGAUUUAACAGAAGUGACUAACAAAGUAUAUUUUGAUGUUGAGAUUGCUGGAAAACCAGCUGGAAGAAUUGUUUUCGGUCUCUUUGGUAAAACAGUUCCCAAAACAGCAGAAAACUUCAGAGCAUUGUGCACUGGGGAGAAAGGCGUUGGAAAAAGUGGGAAGCCUCUUUACUAUAAGGGAAGUGCAUUCCACAGGAUUAUUCCCAGUUUCAUGAUUCAAGGUGGUGAUUUUACUAAUGGAGAUGGCACAGGAGGAGAAUCAAUCUAUGGUGAAAAGUUCAAGGAUGAAAACUUCAAGAUCAAGCAUACUGGACCAGGACUUUUGUCAAUGGCAAAUGCUGGAAAAAACACAAAUGGUUCACAAUUCUUCAUCACAACUGUGACAACCAGCUGGUUGGAUGGUAAACAUGUUGUAUUUGGAAAGGUGUUGUCUGGUAUGGAUAUUGUUUACAAGAUGGAAGCUGAGGGGACACAAAGUGGAUCGCCAAAAGCAAAAAAAGGUGAUUUAAUAGCAAUUACAGGCGGAACAUAUGAAGCUGUUCUAGGUACAUGCUGCAAUAUUCUUAAAAGAGAGAACAAUAACCAAAAUCCAUACAACCUUGUGAUAGUGGAAGUAAAUGGAUCCCAUAAUUCCUCUUCUACCACCAAAUAAAUUAUGAGCCACAAAAUGAAGGGAGCCUAAAUUUCAGAGAUCCAUUGACAAAAUGCAUCAUCUAAUCAUGGAAAAGGCAAUGAUGUAUGCAAAAGCCCAACUCUUAGGAAUUCACAUGUAUUGUCCAUCAUGUUCCACCUGUUGGCUAUAGAUAUGCAAUUACUAUAUUACUUGAAAAUAAAUCUUAAGAC